AUGGAAUUACUUAAUAAUUUUGAUUGUGGAAGUAAUAAUAAAGAAUUAUCAUUAUCAUCAACAUAUGAUAAUGAACAAAUACUUUAUCGUUCUUGUUUAAUUGGUGAUUUAGAACGUGUACAAUAUUUACUUCGAAAUAAUAGUUCAUCAUCAAUAGAUCUUAAUCGACAAAAUUCUGAUGGUUUAACAUUAUUACAUUUUGCUUGUUCAAAUAAUUUUUAUGGACUUGUACAAUUACUUUUACAAUAUAAAGCUAAUAAUCAUAUACGUGAUCAUCUUGGACGCACAUGUUUACAUUAUGCAUCAAUAAAAGGAUAUCGUGCUAUUAUUAAUUUAUUAUUACAAUCAAUUGAAAAUAUUAAUCAACAUAACUUUAUUUAUUUAAAUGAUAAUCAAAAUAAACAUUCACUUGAUUAUGCAUGUGAAAAUGAUCAUAUUGAUAUAGUUGAAAUAUUUUUAAAUUAUACAGAUAUUAAUCAUAUGGAUUUAACAUCAUCAUUAUAUUAUUCAUCAAUUGAAGGUCAUUUAGAUAUAUGUCAUUCAUUAAUAAAUAAACAACAUGAACGUAAAGAUUUAUUUCAAUUACAACCAACAUUUAUUCGUACGAUAUGUCAUCGUGGUCAUAUUGAAAUUUUACGUUUAUUAAUUGAACAUUUUUCUAUUUCAACACGACAACGUGAUUGUGGUAAUAGUAUAUUAUUUUAUUGCAUAACAACAUUUGAUAUUGAUUUAGUUAAAAAAUUAUUAGAACGACAAGCUUGUUUAACUGAAAAAGAUAUACAUGAUUUAAUAUCAUUUUGUCCAUUAAAUGAUCAAAAUAAUUUUUAUAUUGAUCAUUAUUUUGAUUGUUUAGAAUUACUUUUACGUUAUCGAUCAAAUUUUGAUGAUCAAAAAAUUUGUAAAUAUUUUAUACGAGAAUUAUGUGAAAAAUGUACAACAACAUUAAUAGGAAAAAAAUUAAAAUAUUUAUUUGCAUUAUCUAUAUAUAGUGGUUCAAUACAAUUAUAUCGUCGUUCAACAAUAAAAUGGUGUGGUGAAAUAAAUAUUUUAACUAAACGUUAUGUUAAUUUAAUUGAUGUUAUUAAACAAACAACAAAAAAAUGGUCUUUGAAACAUAUAUUAAGAUUAAAAAUAAAACGUUCAAUGAAAAUAUUUAACAUAGAACAAAUCAGAAAAUUACCCGGAUUACAAGAACAUCAUAUAGAUUUUCUUAGUUUUGAGUAUUUGUAA